CAACACCAGAAAUAGUAACACCAACAGAUGAAGAACUGUUUCAUGUGCAAGUAGAUGGACUAGUAGCACAUCUGAGUGGUGAUCAUUCUUUAUGCUGGGAUGAGGCUUUUAGAAAAAUCUUACAAGAAAGUUUUACCUUGAAUACCCAGCAAAGCCUUGUUACUCAUAUUCGUACUUCAUAUAAUGAAUCAUUCAAUUGUGAAAAGAAUAUUUUCCUAGAUAAAAAAAUAGACUUUUGGCAGUCUUUUGCUGCAUGUCAUAGUUUAGCAGUAAUUCAUCAUAAUGAAGGACUUUUGGAAACUAUAAAAAAGGCUAGAUUAAUUGCUGGUCUUGAUGAUCUUACCUUUGAAGACAUUGAAAAUAUCAAAAAGAUUGCCAACACACGAGAUUCUCAAAGAGCAAGAAAUGUGGAAAGAAUACAGGAAAGAAAUAGAGAAAGAUCUGAAAGAAUCAUGCAACAAAACCAAGAAUUAAUAUCUUUUGAUUUUGAUCAAGAUUUAAGGGUAGAGGAUCUUCAUAUUACAAAAUCGAAUAUGAAAAAU